ACAUUUCAUAACCAACAGGCAGCUUUGCAACCUAAGUCUCUCUAUUCAUCAUCUUUACCAGUCCAUUCCACAGCUCAAGUAUUUAAUGGAAGCCAUUUAAAACAGAUCACUUCACAACCGCAAAUUAUCACCACUCAGGCUGGUACUAUGCUCGGCCAAGCUCAGUUUCUAGGCUCCUUACAAGCUCUAGGCUCUCUGCCACAAGGUAUAUCCUGGGCCACACCAGGAUGCUUGCAAUCAUCUACUCUUUUAACGCAGAAUCCCAUAAUCAUUCGUAGUCAACAGUCAGAUAUGUUUAUACAGUCACCACCACAGACUGCAAUGCAUUUACCAGUUGCUGCUGCAACUGCACCUGUUCCUCCAACAACUUGCACACCUUUAGCUCCUCAGAAGCCCAAGCAAGUUCGUUCAGGAACACAGACUGUUGCAGUUGCUACUCAGACUGUUGUUUCCAGUGCCGCUACAGUCAACUCAAAUGCUACACCCAUCCGCACACAAAUCAGGCCAAAAAGUAAACUUCCGACUGGUUCCUCUCCAGGAGCAAGUCCUUCUCCACUUGCUCCACAGAUGGCUACAACACAGACUCAGACAAGCCAGUCACAUUCACAGCCUCAGCACCAGCCAACUCCCCAACAAAAAUCUGAUGCAGCUAAUCAGACUCACUCAAAUCAAGUAAAACCUGUUGUGCCUGUUGCUUCUGAAACAAAAUCCACAGCCACGCAAAGUAAAUCAAUAGCUAUUGAAACCAAACCACUACCUCCAUCAUUACCUGUGAAAUCACAUGCAAUGGUGGCACCAUCAACUAAAAUUGUGCAAACAACUGUUUCAUCCACUAUUGGAAUUUCUACGAUAACUUCGUCCUCAUCGACAACACCAGUGUCAUGUGCACCUGUGACUACGACUGCCACAACAGCUAAUGCCAGCACUUCUGUUUCAGCUGCUGUGAAUACUUCUCCUGUCCUGCCAUACACUCCACCUGCUUCUACUAACAUAGCGCCAGAAGACGUUUGUCCUGCAGAUGAUGACACAAAACCAGUAUCUGCACCUGAAGAAUCUGUUGAACCUGUUGCUCAACAAACUGAACCUAUUGAAUUGAUUGAAAGUGAACCUUUGAAACCACAGCAACCUAUUACAAAACUGCCUCUUGGCAAUGUGAAGGAAAAACUGCAGAAAGCUAUAGUGAAACCUCAAGUGUUAACCCAUGUUAUAGAUGGAUUUGUAAUACAAGAAGGCCCAGAGCCUUUCCCGGUCAGCAGAUCUUCAUUGUUUGAUUCAGCAGAGAAGCUUAAAAAAACCGAAGAUUCACCUAUUGCUGCAUCUCCUGAAAAGAAGAUGAAAAUACACAGACCUCGAGGUAAUGUGGAAUUGGCAAAGUGUGAAUUUUGUGGGAAAAUGGGGCCAAAAUCCAAAUUUAAACGUUCAAAACGCUUUUGCUCUACUUCCUGUGCUAAAAGAUACAAUGUGUGCUGUUCCAAACGUGUGGGGCUACUGCCUUCAGCCGUUCAAGAAAAUGUGGCUGCAGGUCCUGGACGAAAGAGGAAAGCUGGUUUUAAAGGAAGGAAAGGUUUGCGAAAACAAAGCCAAAAUGAAAAUGUAGAAGUAAGUGCUACGCAGUUUGAAGAAAAUACUAAAUCUCUCAAAGAUGAGUCAGUUCUUCCUGUCAAGAUAGAAGAUGACAAUAUAGAACCAGCUGAAGGUAAUCCUUGCCCAAUUGUCAUUCAGUCAGAAAAGGAAGAAGAAAUGGAAGUGGUCAAAUCUGAAUCUGAAGUAAUUCGAAAAUUGCCAAAUAAAUGGAGUGUUCAAGAAGUGUUUCAGUUCAUUUGUGAUCUCCCGGGUUGCUCAGACUAUGCAGAUGAGUUUAGAUCUCAAGAAAUUGAUGGUCAAGCAUUACUUUUAUUAAAAGAAGAUCACCUUAUGAAUGCUAUGAACAUGAAGCUUGGUCCUGCUUUGAAAUUGAUAUCACAGAUAAAUAGCAUCAAAGAAGAACUCUCACAUUCAUAAUUUCAUAGACUGAAAUUUCAUAAAAAUCCAGAGUUCACAAAGUUGAGCCUAUAUCAGCUUUUUCUCUAUUAUCAAAGAACAAGUGAGGAGCAAUUACGAUGCUUUUCAAUUAUAUUCCUUAAUUUAUUUUAAUAAAAGAUUUUGAUUUAUGCAUGC